AUGCCUUCCCUCGGCGGAUUCCUUAAGAAAAAGAGGACGAGGGACAGCACCUCCACGUCAAACCCGACCAGCCCCGUCGCUGGAACGGCACUGUCCAAACCCUUCGGCUCGACCUCGUCGCAGCAGCGAUCCAGCGCAGCCUCGGGCUCGCAGGAGCUAGGAGCAUCAAUUGCCACCCAGCUCGGCCAAUCUUCCAUAUCAUCUGCAUCGGGCGCUCAGGCGCAGGAGUCGCAGCCGGAGCAGGCGCAGCCGACGACGAUGAACCCCCAACCGAGCACCGGCGCGGCCUUUGCGACGCCGCCAACGCCGCAGCAAGCGCAGCAGCAGCAGCAGCAGGAUCCGCAAAGCCUCCCCACCAUCAGCAACCUCAUCAACGUACCUCAGAAUGACGGCACCACCUCCUCCGCCGUCAACAGCAUUAACAACGGCUACUCUCCCUCACCGCACCACCUGACCCAGACCCCCCCUUUCCCGAGCGAGAGCCCCGGGACCGAUCCUGCUCGGAUGCAGCAGCAGCAGCAACAAGCCUACCCACAGCCGACGAUGCAGCCGAGCCAGCAGCCCGCGCCCACGUCCGAUGGGCAACCGCAGCAGCCGCACAACCAACCGCACCACCAGCAUCAGCUGAGUCACUCGACACCUCGAAUCACAAAGGGCAAGUACUCGCUCGGCGAUUUCGACAUCCAGAGGACCCUCGGCACCGGUAGCUUCGGUCGUGUCCACCUCGUCCAAUCGAAGCACAACCAACGGUUCUAUGCCGUCAAGGUGCUGAAAAAGGCCCAGGUCGUCAAGAUGAAGCAGGUCGAGCACACCAACGACGAGCGCCGCAUGCUGGCCGACGUGAAGCAUCCCUUUCUCAUCACCCUAUGGGGCACCUUUCAGGACUCGAAAAACCUCUACAUGGUCAUGGAUUUCGUCGAGGGCGGCGAGCUCUUCUCCCUCCUGAGGAAGUCGGGUCGCUUCCCGAAUCCCGUCGCCAAGUUCUACGCCGCCGAGGCGACGCUGGCAAUCGAGUACCUUCAUUCGAAAAACAUCAUCUACCGAGAUUUGAAGCCGGAGAAUCUGCUGCUCGACCGGCACGGCCACCUCAAGAUCACCGACUUUGGCUUCGCCAAGCGGGUGCCCGACAAGACGUGGACCCUCUGCGGCACGCCCGACUAUCUCGCCCCCGAGGUCGUCUCCAACAAGGGGUAUAACAAAUCCGUCGACUGGUGGUCCCUCGGCAUCUUGAUAUACGAAAUGCUCUGCGGUUACACUCCCUUCUGGGAUAGUGGAUCGCCCAUGAGGAUAUACGAAAACAUCCUCAAGGGCAAGGUCAAGUACCCAGCCUACAUCAACGCCGACGCGCAGAACUUGCUGGAACGGCUCGUGACGGCCGACCUGACGAAGCGACUGGGCAACCUGUACGGCGGCUCGCAGGACAUCAGGAGCCAUCCUUGGUUCACCGAGGUGACGUGGGACCGCCUGGCCCGCAAGGACAUUGACGCUCCCUACACACCACCCGUCAAGGCCGGUCAGGGCGACGCAAGCCAGUUCGACAAGUACCCCGAGGACCCGGAACCGUACGGGGCCACAGGAGUGUCCGACGACUACGGCCAUCUGUUUACCGAUUUUUGA